AGGGGCCCACAACAGAUGCCACUACUCACUGCACUGCUGGUUACCAUUCUGCUGACGGGCAUCCUGGUGACCGGUGUGAUUGGAAAUUUGAUCGUCUGCCUCGUGAUCGUACGGCAUCCGUCGAUGCGGACCGCCACCAACUACUAUCUGUUCAGUUUGGCCGUUUCAGAUCUCAUAUUUCUGGUACUGGGGCUCCCGUACGAGAUCAGCCUCUACUGGCACCAGUAUCCGUAUGAUUUGGGGCUACCGUUCUGCAAGAUCCGUGCCCUGCUCUCGGAGGCGUCCACGUACGUGUCGGUCCUCACCAUCGUCGCGUUCUCGAUGGAGCGCUUCCUGGCCAUCUGUCAUCCGCUGCACCUCUACACGAUGUCGGGCCUGCAGCGCCCUGUCCGGAUCAUCGCCGGGCUCUGGAUCGUGAGUCUGCUGAGUGCGGUGCCUUUUGCCGUUUUCACCGACAUCGAUUACCUCGUUUACCCGCCGACCAAUAAGAAAAUCCACGACUCAGCGUUCUGCGCCAUGCUCAGCAAUCCGGAGGGCUUUCCACUUUGGGAGCUGUCGACCUGUCUGUUUUUUGCCUUCCCGAUGCUCAUCAUGGUGGUGCUGUACGCGCGCAUGGGCAUGCAGAUCCGGUCCCGGACCCAGCGGACGGUAGAGCUCGGCGUUCGCAAUGGAUCGGUUAAUGGACCGUCGAGGGUAUCGCAGUCCCGGAAGGCCAUCAUCCGGAUGCUCGCCGCGGUCGUGAUAACGUUCUUUGUCUGCUGGGCACCGUUUCACGCGCAACGGUUGCUGUAUCUUUACGCCCGUGACUGGCAGCACUUCAACAUGGUCAACACGUGGCUCUUCUCCGUGGCCGGCUGCCUGUACUACGUGUCCUGCACCAUCAAUCCGAUCCUGUACAACGUGAUGUCCCACCGGUACCGAGUGGCGUUCCGGGAAACGCUCUGCGGCCGACGGCGUGGCUUCGGGGCUGGAUUCGCCCGCGACCAGUCGAGCUUCCGGGAAACGACCAUCGACGUCGGGGGCAACGGAAGCUUCGGUGGCUACGACCAUUCCCGGCCGGUAAGUGUACGAACCAAGUGGGUCGUUUCGAGCCAGGUGAGCCGGAUUAGGAGAACACUGGAAAGCAGCAAGAAAAGUAAUAAAUUAUUUCCCUGUUUCUUACCUCGCGUGCUCCAGAUCGGCAACAACCAUCCCAGCAACCGGAACUCCCUGUCGCCCAAUCUUACCACCGACAUCGUCGUCAUGCUGGAGAACAAUCUGAAUGGGCGGCCCCGGUGCUAUACGACCUCCGCUUCGACGCUCGUGACGACGGUCGUCUCGAGCACAUCGACCGUCGCGGAUGCGAGCAGCCUGCGGGCGCCACUGAUAAGUAUCGAUAAGCCGAACUCGGACACGGAUCGGACCCUUCAACCACCACCGGCCGGCCACAACGGCAAUGGGAGCUGCAACAAUGUUAACGACAACGCUCACCACAGCAAUAACAACAGUAACGUGUGUAACAAUAGAAACUAUGGCGACGACCAGUACUCACCCGAGCACAGCCUACUGCCACCGGGCGACGAACGGCAAGAGCUGGUGAACGGAUCGGCGACACCGUUGCUACCGCUACCAACCAUCACCGUAGACCUGGAGGAUGAAUCUCACCGAGUUCAGGCACCGAAACGACACUCCGGUAGCAGCCGGAACGACGGACCUGAGCUGGAGCGAUUUGGUCCAAUGGCCAUGGCCAACCAACCUCCGGAGAACCCUCGGAGUAGUCUGCGCUGUGGAGGUACCACCGACGAUGGCACCACCAACCUGCUACCAGAUGCAAAACGGGAAACGUGUAUUUAACGACAGUAUUACCAACUCCAGCCCCACCGUGUGGCAAUUGUUGGUGUUUUAUUGUUAUUCUUUUAGACGAAAAAACCACUCAACACGAAGAAUAUCAGCUAAACGAUCUAAGCCGGGUGGCUGUAACAAACCCAUGUGAUGAUGAGCUUAACCAACCAACAAACCACACGUUUCGGUCGUACGAUAAGCCAAAUUUACAGAAGCCGCAGGGGAAAUGCGCUAACAUAAACGCUACGUUAUGUUUAAUUUAGGUAAAUAAGGCAGCUAAAAACACGGUACUGGUAGACGAGACCGAGAGCGUGCUCGUAACUUAAAAGGUACAAAGAUGUAUAAUCUCCAAACAAACGAUGGACUGAUAGCGACGAGUGAGCACAGCGAGAAAGGGAGGUCCUUUGACGAAGCGCUUUUUUAUGCUGACCUCCGUGAUGGCCCAGGUUUCCCGGUAGCCCACCGUGAGGGAGAUCGAGCAUCGACGGAACAUAUUGUUCUUUAAAGGCCAUGCAAAUGGAUCGGAUAGGUGCGCUUGUACAGAAAAUCCCAUCUUUAUCGGGUCCCGCUGGCUUCCGGUGGUGAUCGAUCGCGCAUCCUCCGAUUGACGACCGUCAUAAAAGAUGAGCAACACCAGCAAGCGAACUAUUGGGAUGCCUGAAGGGGCCCCCCGAACGUCUGGGACCGAGGAGAUUAUUUUCUCGGUUUUAUUGACCACCCCGGAUGUGUGUUCCAAUUUUUCGCUUCACCGCAGCUACACUGUACCAUAAAUAAGCGGCUUCUCCAACAGGUUAUCCGCCCGCCCGUACAGCUCACGGUCAAAUAUAAAAAUUGGUAGCGAACACGAAAGAAUUCGGCCACCGGACUUUAUGAGUCUUUAACGGCGCCAUACAAAAAAAAAACACGAAAA